AUGGAUUUUCCUUGUCUUGUUAUAUUGUCAAUAAUACUGUUUGGCAGUGCUUUAGGAUUUACUAUUAAGGAGCAACAAGAAACGCGUAUAGAUAUUGAUAAAAUUUUUGAGAAUGGUCCUUUUCCUAUUGCUGAAGCUUCUUAUGAGUAUCCAAUUGUUAAUGAUACAGAGCUCACACCAUCUUCUAACAAUCUGACAACACAAAUUCGAGGACAAAUAUAUUUUCCGAAUACAACAACUAACGACAUACAAGGUUCAUUUCCAAUUCUGGUUUUUGUUCCUGGAAAACAUGCAGAUUGUCGCUUGCCUGUACCACCUGGUUAUCCUUCUCUUGAUCUAGGAGCAACUGAUAGUUGGGGUCAUUGUUCAAAUAAUUUAUCUACAGUUCCUAGUCAUCUUGGAUUUGCCUAUCUUGGUCAAUAUUUUGCGUCGUAUGGUUAUAUUGUGAUUUCGAUUGAUAUGAUUUUAAUAAACAACAAAUGGGGUAUUCCUGGUGAUGACACGUUAAAUUUUGUUCGAGGACGCAUUGUUCUUCGGACCCUGCAAAAAAUGAUGGAACUCAAUGCAAGUGCUGAAAUUUCGAAACAAGUGUUGAGUGGUGUCGAUCUAUCAGGCAAGUUUGAUUUUUCUCAAGUUGGAAUGAUGGGACAUUCACGUGGUGGUGAAGGAGUUCGCAACGCUUAUAAUAUGUUAAUGGAAAAUAAAGGACCUAGCGAUGCUCCGAAAUGGCGUGAACGACUACCGGGUGUGAUGAUUAGAGCAAUUAUGGAAAUUGCCCCCAUGUUUUAUGGUCAGAAUGGAACUAAACUUGAUGUGAAGAAUAUUCCAUGGGGAAUGAUUGUAUCAGGAUGCGAAGAUGAUGAAAUUGAUUACAGUGCUAAUCAUGAAUAUUUUAAUACUGAAUGGCAAGUCGGAAUACCGAUGUGUCUUGGCGACCAGGAUCCAUUAUGGGACGUGAAUGCCACAACGUUCAAAGUUAGCGAUCUAUAUCCAGAGUUUGCAAACACAUCUCUUGAUUUUACUCUGUUAAAAACUAAUGGAUCGGAAUCACAACGUAGAACAGCUAUCUUUUCAUUAUCGACAUUUUUUCGUGCCUAUGUCGGUGCUAAUGCUGAUCCAGCUCUUGCAAAAUAUCUCGAACCAUCUAUUCCGUGA